GUGGGAAGUGCUUUCAGUUUCUUACCACACCCGAGAGUAGAAGAGAAAAGCCAUGGCUGACAGGAUUCUAAAGGACAGGAGGAAGCGGUUUAUCAACUCGGUGGGCACAGGUACAAUAAAUGGCUUACUGGAUGAAUUGUUGGAGAAAAGAGUGCUGAACCAGGAAGAGAUGGAGAAAGUAAGAGUUGAAAAUGCUACAGUUAUGGAUAAGGCCCGGGCUUUGCUGGACUGUGUCAUUCGGAAAGGGCCCCAGGCAUGCCAGAUUUGCAUCAACCACAUUUGUGAAGAUGACUGUCACCUUGCAGGACUGCUGGGGCUCUCCUCAGGUCCACAAUCUGAAAACCAUUUUAAUGCACAAGAUUCUCUGGAAGCAUUUUCUUCCUUUUCAGCUCCACAGACUACGCAGGACAACCAAGUUGUGUUCACGUUCUCAGGUCCAAGUCUCAAGCUUUGCCCGCUAGAGACAGCCCAAAGGAUAUGGAAAGAAAAGUCAGAAGAGAUUUAUCCAAUAAAAAUGCAAAGUUCAGGCCGCACCCGUCUUGCCCUCAUUAUCUGCAACACAGAGUUUGACAGUCUCCCCAGAAGGACUGGAGCUGAUGUUGAUAUCAGAGAUAUGAAGAUGCUGCUGAUAGGUCUGGGAUACAGUGUAGAUGUGAAAGAAAACCUCAAUGCUUUGGACAUGGCUACAGAGCUGAAGGCCUUUGCUGAUCGCCCAGAGCACUGGACUUCUGACAGUACUUUCCUAGUGUUCAUGUCUCAUGGUACUAGAGAUGGUAUUUGUGGGAAGAAUUACUCUGAGCAAUACUCAGAUAUACUGAAUGUCAACACCAUCUUUGAGAUGUUAAACACCAAGAACUGUCAGAGUUUGAAAGACAAACCCAAGGUGAUCAUCAUCCAAGCCUGUCGUGGUGAAAACCAAGGAAUAGUGUGGCUAAAGGAUUCAAUAGGAGAUUCUGGAAACACAUCUUUACUGAAUCCAGAUGAUUUUGAGUAUGAUGCUAGUAGGAUAGCCCACAUAGAGAAGGAUUUUAUUGCUUUCUGCUCUUCAACUCCAGAUAAUGUUUCUUGGCGACAUCCCAAACAGGGUUCACUUUUCAUUAUGAGACUCAUCAAAACUAUGCAGGAAUAUGCCUGGUCUUGUGAUGUGGAGGAAAUCUUCCGAAAGGUUCGAUUUUCAUUUGAACUGCCAGAAGGUAGGACACAGAUGCCUACCACUGAAAGGGUGACAUUGACAAGACGUUUCUAUCUCUUCCCAGGACAUUAAAAUACUUUUCUAGAUCUAAUAAUCAAGGACGGACAUAGAAUGGAUAUCUUCUCUUCAGCACAGAACAUACUGUUCUUCCCUUAAAGUCCUUAGAUGCCCUUUUUUAUGGAGUUGUUAUAGGUCAAUAAGUAGCCAUAAGGCAUGAAUGUUCAAUUUGGAUGUUUCUCCUCUCCAUCUCAGUAGGACAAUACUUAAACAUGCCAUGGACUGCCACCUUUUCUGAAUGUGCAUGUCUCCACUGGUGGAGUGACUGAUCCUAUAACUUGCAUAUCUUUUAGAAUACCUUUCUUUAUG